AUGAUUAGAACCACCAGAUCGUUGCUUCGAUCUUCCACUAAUAGACUUUCCACUAGGCCAACAAUAUCAUCAAUAAGUCGCGUCACACCCACGUUUUCUAGAUUUUUGGCUACCGCAAAUACAUCGUCGGAGAAUUAUGCCAAGGUGUACAACCCCAACGCUGAAAAGGUUUCGUUAGCCAACUUAGAUACGUUUGCUAGGAGGCACAUAGGCCCAACACCAAGAAAUGUUGACAAGAUGUUGCAAGCUCUCGGCUAUUCUAAUUUGGAUGAGUUUUUAUCCAAUGCAGUGCCAGAACAUGUUUUGAUCAAACGUAAGUUGCAAAUUCAACCAAAUCAGGGAUUCACGGAGCAAGAAAUGUUGAGACAUCUCCAUGAAAUUGCUGGUAAAAACAAGAUUUACAAGUCCUUCAUUGGUAAGGGUUAUGCUGGUACGAUCUUGCCUCCUGUGAUUCAAAGGAAUUUGUUGGAACUGCCAGAAUGGUACACUUCAUACACACCCUAUCAACCAGAAAUUUCUCAAGGCAGAUUGCAAAGUUUGUUGAACUAUCAGACUAUGAUCACAUCAUUGACCGGUUUAGACAUGGCAAAUGCAUCUUUAUUGGAUGAAGGUACUGCUGCUGGUGAAGCAAUGAGUUUGUCUUUCCAUCACUCCAAAAACAAGAAAAAGGUCUAUGUUGUUGAUUCAGAGUUGCACCCACAAACUAUUGAAGUGAUUAAAUCAAGAGCUGACAACAUCAAUGUCGAGAUUAGGGAGUUGAACUUGGCCACUGAAGAAGGUUUCCAAGAAUUGUCCAAGAUAAUCAAGGAUGUAUGUGGGGCUCUUGUACAAUAUCCAACUACGAAUGGUUCAAUUCACAACUAUUCUCAAAUUGGCGAACUUUUGCACCAAAACAAAGCCAUUUUUGCCGUUGCUACAGACUUGUUAGCAUUGACCUUGCUCAAACCUCCAAGUGAGUUUGGUGCUGAUAUUGCGUUGGGAACUUCACAAAGAUUUGGCGUGCCAUUUGGGUAUGGUGGUCCGCAUGCUGCAUUCUUUGCAACAUCACAAAAGUAUGCUAGAAAGAUACCUGGAAGAAUUGUAGGGGUUUCAAAAGAUAGGUUGGGCAAACCAGCUUUGAGAUUAGCUUUGCAAACCAGAGAGCAACAUAUCAAGAGAGAGAAAGCAACUUCAAAUAUAUGUACAGCUCAAGCAUUGUUGGCCAAUAUAUCUGCAAACUAUGCUGUUUACCAUGGCCCUGAGGGAUUGAAAAACAUUGCCAAAAGAGUUUAUGGAUUUACUACUUUGCUUGCAAAGGAAAUCCAAAAGAAGCACGAAAUUGUCAAUGAUAAGUGGUUUGACACUUUGACAGUUAGAUUAAGUGGAGUCUCUGCUGAUAAAGUUUUAAAAAACGCUUUGGAGAAAUAUGGAAUUAACUUGUUCAAGGUGGAUGAUUCAACAGUAUCAUUGCAAUUGGACGAAACUGUCGAGAAGCAAGAUUUAAUCAACUUGAUUGAGUUAUUCACAGGAGAAGUUAUCGAGCCUUCGAAUGAAUUGCCUUCUUUCCCACAAGAGUUGUUGAGAACUGAUGACAUUUUACUGCACGAAGUAUUCAACACUCAUCACUCAGAAACAUCAAUGUUGAGAUAUUUGCAUCAUUUGCAAUCAAAGGACUUAUCUUUAGCUAAUUCAAUGAUCCCGUUAGGUUCUUGUACAAUGAAAUUGAAUGCCACUGUUGAAAUGCAAUCCUUGUCAAUCCCAGGCUUCAACUCCAUCCACCCAUUUGUCCCCCUUGAUCAAGCCCAAGGUUACAGGCAAUUAAUUGACGAAUUUGAAAAAGAUCUUAAUGAUAUAACUGGGUUUGAUGCUACUACAUCAAUGCCAAACUCUGGUGCUCAAGGUGAAUACACUGGGUUGUCAUUGAUUAGACAAUACCACAAGUCAAAGGGUGAAUAUGAACAAAGAAACAUUUGUCUUAUUCCUGUCUCUGCCCAUGGUACUAAUCCAGCCUCAGCAGCAAUGUGUGGAUUGAAAGUUGUUCCUGUCAAAUGUUUGGACAAUGGUUCUAUUGAUUUGGAUGAUUUGAAAGAAAAAGCUACAAAGCAUGCUGCUAAUUUGUGUUCCAUCAUGAUCACUUACCCUUCUACCUAUGGGUUAUUCGAACCUGGUGUCAAAGAAGCUAUUGAUGUUGUUCACCAAAAUGGUGGAUUGGUUUACUUGGAUGGUGCCAAUAUGAACGCACAAGUUGGGUUAACAUCUCCAGGUGACUUGGGUGCCGACGUAUGCCAUUUGAACAUUCACAAGACUUUUGCAUUGAGUCAUGGUGGUGGUGGACCAGGUCAAGCUCCAGUAUGUGUCAAAAAGCAUUUGACGCCAUUUUUGCCAAAGCAUCAUUUUGUCGAAACUCCUCAUUCAACCAAUGAAAGUAUAAAAUCCGUCAAUUCGGCCCCAUAUGGAAGUGCUUCUGUUAUCCCUGUUUCAUAUUCAUACAUAAAGAUGUUGGGUGCUGAUGCAUUACCAUACGCCUCGACUAUCGCCAUGUUGAACGCCAACUACAUCUUAUCUCAGUUGGAACCACACUACAAGAUUCUUUUCAUCGACCAUCGCGCAUCAACCAACGCUGGUUUGAGACAUUGUGCCCACGAAUUCAUCUUGGACUUGCGUGAGUUCCAAAAGGGUGGUGUUGAAGCUAUUGAUGUCGCCAAGAGAUUACAGGAUUACGGAUUCCAUGCCCCAACAAUGUCGUUCCCUGUUGCUGGUACUUUGAUGAUUGAGCCAACUGAAUCAGAAAAUUUGGAAGAGUUGGAUAGAUUUAUCGAAUCAUUCAUUUCGAUUCGUCGUGAGAUUGAUGCUUAUAUCAAGGGAGACCCAUUGGGAAAUGUAUUAAAGAAUGCUCCACACUCACAGCAAGAUAUUAUAUCUUCUACCGACUGGGACACUAGAGGAUAUACUAGAGAGCAAGCUGCUUAUCCUUUGGAGUUCUUGAAGGAGAACAAGUGCUGGCCUACUGUUUCUAGAUUGGAUGACACCUAUGGUGAUUUGAAUUUGAUCUGCACCUGUCCUUCGGUUGAAGAACUUGCUGAAGGUUAG